AAGACCAUUUUUUUUAAACACAGCAUUGCACUGUUCGAUGAUUUGGGUCGUGAUCAAUAGUGAUAAAAAUUUUCAACAAUGCGUGGUCAUUUAAAUGUACGUAUAACUGCUUUGUAUGUGUAUAUAAAGACAAAUUCAUGUUUCCGUUAGAAGUUGUUUGGCUGUUUCCUAGUGCAGUUGUGUUAGUGAAGGGUACAAUCUAGAACUCAGGUUGUGUGAACUGGGGGAGCUAGUUAAUCUAUACAAUCUCGAGCAGGUUAGUAGGGGUCUACAAUUCUGUAAACUGGCUCUGCAGAAGAAGUGCUAAUUUUUCAACACUACGCUUUGGAUUGGAGUGGUUGAUUGGGGUCUUUUUUUUACCACGUGAAGUACCAAACAUAACGAGAAAUCGUCAACUGAUCAUCAUAUGAAAUAUGUCUGUCGAGCAUGUAACAUUAAUCGACAGUUCUGUGUUCAGAGUGUAAGGGUAAUAUGAAAGAUAAAAGUGAGAUGCUGAAUGGUGACGGAGGAUAUGGUUAUGAAGGGCGGGAGGACGAGAAUCGAACCAAGGAACGAAGAUUAACUCCCUUCGAACGAUUGUCGAACGAUUUAAGCAACGAUCAAAAAUGUCUGAAGGAAAUAACUCUGGGAAAGAGGAUAGGGUUUUAUCGAAUUCGAGGAGAACUCGGAAGUGGGAAUUUCUCGCAAGUCAAAAUGGGUAUCCAUGCAUUGACAAAAGAAAAAGUAGCAAUAAAGAUUCUGGAUAAAACAAAGCUGGAUCAGAAAACCCAGCGACUUCUGUCGAGAGAGAUCUCCAGCAUGGAGAGACUCCACCAUCCGAACAUCAUCCGUUUGUACGAGGUGGUGGAAACGCUAGCCAAACUCCACAUUGUGAUGGAAUACGCCGGGGGUGGAGAACUCUUCACAAAAAUCUCUAACGAGGGUAAAUUCCCAGAGUCGGAGGCCAAACACAUAUUUGCUCAAUCUGUAGCAGGUGUUCAGCAUAUGCAUAAACACCACAUCAUUCAUCGUGAUCUCAAGGCAGAGAAUGUGUUCUACGCUGGUUCUCGUAUGGUCAAGAUUGGUGAUUUCGGUUUCAGCACACACUGUCGCCCCGACCAGACAUUGAACACUUUCUGUGGCUCUCCCCCCUACGCGGCACCUGAACUCUUCAAAGAUGAAAGCUAUUUUGGGACAUAUGUUGACAUAUGGGCAUUAGGGAUUAUGUUAUAUUUCAUGGUUACUGGAGUUAUGCCUUUCAGAGCAGACACAGUUGCAAGGCUGAAGAAAUGUAUUCUUGAAGGCCAGUACACAAUUCCGUCGUAUGUAUCGGACAGUGGUCAAUUUCUUAUUCGUAAUAUUCUUAGACCUGUGCCUCAAGAUAGAUUCACGCUGACUGAAAUUCAAAAGAGUGAGUGGCUAGAGGGCCAGGAAUUUCCAGCGGAGUUAGAACCAUACAAUGUCAAUCCAUCUCAGGAUACUUCUAGUCUGUCAGAGGAGGAACAGGAUGCACGUCGAAUCUUAAAAGAUUUGGGGAUCACAAAUGAACACAUCCAAUCGGGUCAUAGGGACUCGCGAAGCAGCAUUACAGGGACAUAUAGGAUUGUUCUUCACCGUGUGCAGAAAAAGAAAUCAGGUUUGUGCGAUUCAGAAACUGAAUUACGAGGGCCUGAUCUGGUAUCCAAUUAUGACAGAGCUAAAUCUCCACCCACGUUGAAGAAAGAAUCAAAAGUGUGUACUAUAUUGUGAUUUUGUGUUAGAAAUUAUUCUGGAGUGAUUAGGAAACUUUCCAUCAGGAUUACGAAUUUAGUUCAUGUUUGAAUGGUGCAAUUUUUUCACUUAGAGAUUUUUAAAUUGAUGUUUUCUCUUUUUCUGAUAAAGGUACUGUAUGUUACACAAACCUGUACAAUGUAUUAGGAAUAUAAAUGAAAUGCAGAUUGAAAAAAACCAAAAAAGCAUUUGAAGUUUUUAGAGCAUCUUUUCCCACCAGAACAUGAAAAUGUAGAAUCUGCAUUGUGCUGUUUGUUUAUUAAAGGCUACAAAUGCCUUCAAGGGUAUUGCCUGAGUGCUGUAAUUUAUAUAUGUUUUGCAGUUCAAAAGUUUUUAUUCUAUAAAAAGUUUAAACUUUAUGCACUCUGUACACAUUUUAUGAUGACCGCAACUACACAUAUUGAAUUGAUCAAUAUUUCAUUGAAUGAAGUUCUUUGUUGUGACAACACUCCAGAAAGAAAUCUUCAGUUAAAAUUUGGGGCACUAUCUAUUUAGCUUUCCUGCUGUAAAAACACCGACAAAUAUCCGUAAUAUUGAGAGUAUAGCCUGGCUUUUUUGUAAUUUUGUACCUGUAUAUUUACCAAGGAAUCUCACGCAAUUGAUUUUUUUUUAACGUUUUUUUAAAUUUCGUCUAUCUAUGACCAUAAUGUGUUGUAAA